AUGGUCGUCGACCAAGUCAAGAGUGGUGCGCUGUCUCUCUUCACCAAAGUUAAGGAGUUGCCUCCUUGGGUAUUAGCUGUUGGUGGUACUGCUGCUGGAUUCUAUAUCUUGCACGCGCUACUUGGAAACAAUUUGCCGGAAGAUGCCAAAGGAGAUCCUGGAAUCUUCUUUAUAGGAAAUCUGCUCGAUAUUGGAGAUAUAUAUAAGAUGUUUGAAUAUCAAAAGAACAUUGCUCGCAAAUACGGCCGGGUGUCGAGACAGAAGAUUAUGGGAGAUACAGCAUUUGUAAUUUCAGAGCCAGAGAUCAAUAAGAGGAUCUACUCAACCGAGAUUGAUAGCUUUGGACGUGGUGGAAAGACUUUGGAAGUGUUCGGUGACAUCGCCGGAGGCCUCAUCUUGCAGGACAAUGGCCCUGAGCAGAAGGAAGUUCGAAAGUAUUUUGACCCUGCAUUUGGCAUUCCAGCAAUCAAGAGUUACACCCCUUAUGUUGCAAACUGCACAUCCAAACUCAUCAAGUGGUUGGAAUCACAAGAAUCGAAUGCUAGAGACCACAAAGGACCUGGAGUUGAUAUUCAACCAUCUCUACAUGGACUGACUUUUGACAUUAUUGUGAAUAUCUUACUCGGAUUUGACCCCAACUCUGUUGAAACUGGUGGUCAUUCACCACAUGUCGAAGCCUGGGAGCGUGGACUGGACCAUCUAAUGUCCAGAUUUCCUCUCGCCAUCACGCGUUACUGGAAAUACUACAAGACGCCUGCUGUGAGACAAUAUGAGAAGGACUUGAAACUCCUCACUGACCUUGUAAUGGAUCGCCAUGAUCUAUAUAUGAAGGAUGGAGUGCCAGAGGGUGCCGUGGAUAUUCUCGCUCAAUACGUCAAUCGUGUCAAAACCGAUCCGACCUCUGUCCCUACAUAUUUGAAAGAUGACCGAAGCAGCUUGCAGCGACAUCUUAUGACCAUGGUAUUUGCAGGCCACGACACAACUGCAUCCAGCGUUGGCUGGACGCUAUCCUUCCUUGCAAUGCACCCAGAAAAGAAGGAACGUGCUCGCAAAGAAGUUGUCGAGGUUCUAAAGGGUCAGCCACUCACCUACGAGAACUUGUUAAACCUGCCGUACUUGGAGGCAUGUAUCAAGGAAACCAUGCGCUUAAGACCAAGCUCUGUCAACAUGAAUCGGGUCGCCAAGAAAGACAUUAUUCUUGAAUGGGUUGACGAUGAAGGUGUUUUACGUCGCCAAGGGAUACCCAAGGGCGCAGAUUGUCAAACCACCAUGUAUGCUUCGAUGAUGGAUCCCAGAAACUUUGAAAAUCCAGACGAUUUCAUUCCCGAAAGAUUUCUCAAUUCCCAAUAUUCACCAUUCAUGUACUUUCCGUUUGGCGCUGGUCCAAGAAAGUGUUUGGGGGAGAAGCUGGCCUUGUUUGAGACCCGCUACGCCGUUGCUGAAGUUCUGAGGAAUUUUGAUUACGGAUUGAUCGAUGGCCACGUACUCGACUUGGUACAAGCACCCACAUUACGUAUACGUAAUGGUCUGAAAGUCUGGCUCAAGAAGCUAUAG